CCGACGGGUAGUGCACAUUCGCUUUAUUGCAGUCGUACUCGCGGCACGCUAUAGAACGACGGAUUCGAGAUGCGUCACCACGCGAGUGCAUUCCUGCCUCACCUGCUUCUGCUAGUGGCUGCGUGCACAGCGCAGACGCUACUUACUCUAGAAGAAUGCGAAGAAAAGAGACCCGCUUUCAAGACUGUCACCAUUUCGCCUUGCCACAAAGAUCCUUGCGUGCUCAAGAUAGGCGAGAAAUACAACGUCAGCUUCUCCUUCGAAGCGACUAGCGACGCAGACUUCAUGAGGCUGACCACGGCGGCGGUCCAACAGCAAACCAACACGAGGAGCAUCCGGUUCGUGCGCUCGGCAGGCUGCCGCUCCGCCGACCUGCCCUGCAACGUGACCAAGGGGGAGGUCGCCCAAGGAUCAGGGAAACUGAGUCUGUCCGGUGCAUACGUGCCCGGCAACAUGACCUACGAGCUUGAUGUCGCCGGGAACAAGGAAACGUUCGCAUGCGGAGUCGCCCACCUGACCGUCGAAUGAACGGUUCCAUCGAAGACGAGUCACGUGACAUAGAGAAGAAACGCGCAGGCCCAGCUUACCAUGCUUGCACGAGCAGACUGCUGCCAAGCUGCUUUCGCCGAGGGACGUGAAGCCGAACUGCCGCUUAUUUCUUCACUCAGCAUUCGUGGGUGGUGUGACCUGGAAUCAAUGUGCACAUUUAACGCUGUGUGUUCUUUAAUGUCUGUUUUCGAUCUAGCCGCUCAAGUUUUUGAAAUUGUACACAACUAAAUUGUUGAUAUGCAGUGUGCCCUUCGACACGCGCUGAAGAUCGCAGUUUAUUAUGACAAUGCUUAAGUGAAUAAAGGUAGCAGCAUGAAUGGA